AGUUCUUAGCUCCUGGUGCGUACGGCGACUGACGUAGCGGAACUGCUAGGUGUGGAGAGGGGCGGUGUGAAGGCGAGAAGAACGGUUUGACCUAGAAAGUGGUUUCUGCAGUCCCCUGGGAACAUCCGAGUACCGGAUCUCAAUCCGUGGGGCAGGGUCCUUGGAGGAAACUGAGUGACCCCUCCUGGGAACGGGCGGUCUGGUCGCAGGGACCGCUGUUGGAGCCUGAUUGGUUGGAGACAUCUUUGGGGACACCCCUGGGGAGCCCAGUUCUUGGCGGUCGGGGGAAUCCCCCCGCUUAGCACUCCUGCCUCACCUAUAAUCGCAGGGUUCCUUCCCUAGUAGCAUAUGUCCCUUGUCCGGAGUCAUGGAGAUACUGCGGCCAGCACGGCAGCACCUCUGUCUGAAGAAGGGGAAGUGACCUCCGGCCUCCAAGCUCUGGCGGUGGGAGAUACCGGAGUCCCCUCGGCUUCGGCCAGUAAAGCCGAGGAAGAGGGGGAAGGAGUACGGGAGGAGGCCGAGCGUGAGGGGUCUGGGAUCGAGGAGGUGCAGGGAGAAACUCCCAACGCUGAGGGUGAAGAGCAUGCCAAGGGAGAAUCCGAGGACUGGUGCGUGCCCUGCAGCGAUGAGGAGGUGGAGCUGCCCGCGGAUGGGCAAUCCUGGAUGCCCUCCCCUUCCGAAAUCCAGCGGCUCUAUGAACUGCUGGCUGCCCACGGUACCCUGGAGCUUCAGGCCGAGAUCCUGCCCCGUCGGCCACCCACGCCUGAGGCCCAGAGUGAAGAGGAGAGAUCCGAUGAGGAGCCAGAGGCCAAAGAGGAGGAAGAGGAAAAACCGCGCAUGCCCACAGAAUUUGACUUUGAUGAUGAGCCAAUGACACCAAAGGACUCCCUGAUUGAUCGGCGACGCACCCCAGGAAGCUCAGCCCGGAGCCAGAAACGGGAGGCCCGCCUGGACAAAGUCCUCUCAGACAUGAAGCGACACAAGAAACUGGAGGAGCAGAUCCUUCGUACGGGCAGGGACCUGUUCAGCCUGGACUCAGAGGACCCCAGCCCCAGCAGUCCCCCACUCCGGGCCUCAGGGAGUCUCUUCCCCCGGCAGCGGAAAUACUGAUUGGUGCUGCUGGGGCCUUUCUUCCGCUACUCGGGGUGCUGGGAAACUUAGAAGAGGAGCGAAACUCCAAGCUUCUAACAUAGCACCUUGCCAGAAAGAAAGCGUGUGUGUGUGUGUGUGUGUGUGUGUGUGUGUUCUGUCGAACAUUUAUUUGAAAACCUGGCCUGAAAUUUCUGAAUCUGAAAUAAAAAAUACAAAGUUAUCUUCUCUUA